UCCCCCCCCCCCCCCCCCCCCCCCAAGAAGCAGCCAGCAUGUCGCCGGUCACCGCGCUCCUGGUGGGCACGGCCGUGCCGCUGGCCCCGGCGCCGGCGAGGCACGCCCGGCCGUCCUUCGGCUUCCCCACGCUCCCAGGCGGCGGGCGCGCGGCGCUGGCGGUGGAGUGCUCGUCGCGGCCGCAGAAGAAGGCGACCAAGCACCACAUGAAGACGCGGCCCAAGAAGACGCAGCCGUGGGACAUCAAGCGCCGCCCCACGCAGUACCCGCCGCUGCCGCCGCUCCCGCCGGACUGGACGCUCGUCGCCGCCAGUGCCACGGUCGACGCGGAGGAGGCGCCGGCCCCCGCCCCCGUCCUCGAGCUGGCCGCGGCCGCCGCACCCGCCGCUGCGGACUGAGUGGGCAGCGACGCCGGCCGCGUCUCCUGCGUUUUGUUCCCUUGAACUCCAUUGUACUGUUUCUUUCGAGAUUAUCAACAAUUGCUCCGCUUGCUUGUGAUUACGAAUUUAGAAUCUGCAGUGCUAGUCCAAAUGUCCAAUCCAUGGCUGUUGCUGCUUUCAGUUCA